GCGUAGGAUCUUCUACGGUCACGAGAAUAAUCCAAAAGAAAGAACAAUUCGUGAGGCGGUGGACAAGUUCAAGGAAUAUGGUGAAAAUAAUCGAAAAACAUUGAAAGAGCAGACGUUCCCUUUGCUGGAAGAAGCUCUUUACAUCUGGAUUUUACAGCAGCGGCAGUCCAACAUUUUGUUGACAGUGGAUAUUCUUAAAGCAAAGGCGGAGCUGCUGUUUAAGAUGUUCCAGGACCGGGGGCUCUAUGCGGUGCACGGUUUUUCUGCUUCGGAUGGCUGGAUGCAUCGUUUUAAGCAGCGGUUUGGAUUGCGCGUGAAAGCCGUAACAGGAGAAAAGGCAUCGGUAAACGUUGAAGCGUACCUAAAUUUCAAGAAGGUUCUACAGAAGAAGAUUCAGGAAAUGCAGCUAUCACUAUCCCAAGUCUUUAAUGCAGAUGAAUCUGCCUUGUUCAUCAAGCUCCUAGCCACACGCUCUGUCGUUACCUGUGAUGAGACCGUGGCAAGCGGACGGAAGCAAAACAAGACAAGGUAUACGUUUAUGCCUUGCUCCAACAUAGAUGGUUCCCUAAAGCUUCCGUUGUAUUUCAUUUGCACUGCUGCAAAACCACGAGGAAUCAACAUCGAAGAACUUCCCGUUUCAUAUAAUCAUUCCAAAAAGGCUUGGAUGACCAGACUGUUGUUCCGUCAAUGGUUCCACGAAGAGUUUGUCCCCGCUGUUCGAAAAUUUUCGGCCGAGAGAGGAUUGGAGCCAAAGGCAUUGCUGGUUCUUGAUAAUUGCACCAGUCAUUAUGACGUUGACGAAUCUCUACAGAGUGACGAUGGACUGAUUCAAGUGAUCUACUUCCCACCAAAUGUAACUGCUGAAUGCCAGCCGAUGGACCAAGCGGUCAUCAAUGCAAUCAAGCGAAAGUAUAAAAGAAAACUGAUGCUCGCAUUAAUUCUGGAAAACGAACACUUAAGUUUCGAAGAACGAUUGAAGAAGAUUAAUCAUCAACAGUGUAUUUCGUGGUUGGCAACCUCUUGGGAGGAGAUAUCUGACAAAACUAUACGUAAUUCGUGGAAGAAAUUGAUCGAUGGUUUGCCGGAGGAUGCUGUUAAUGUAGACUCGAAAGCGGCCGAUGAUGACUUCAAAGCGCUUGUGUCCAGGAUUGACAGUUUGGCAGGAACAAAAACAUCUGAGCAAGAUAUUGAUCUGUGAAUCAAAGAUCAGGUGUUUGAUGCUGAUCGUAAUCCAGAUUGGGUAACCAGUGAAGCGUUCUCUGAUGA